AUGAGGCCCGAGGGUCGUCAGGAACCAGAAUCCCCAAGCUCCAAAAUAAGAAAGGGAUCACCUAAGUCUUACAUUUCCAGAAAUUUCUUAGCAAUUGACAAAGUCAUUCUGCUUAUCAAUCAGUAUAGCAAACUUCACCAUGGAAAUCUUGUAAACCGUAACCUCAACAAGGUCAAGGAGACUACUGAAGGGCUCCCUCGGGGUGUUCAGAAGGAGGAUGAACAACCAGCAGUUGUAGUAGACGUUGGUUUGAACGACAUAGGCAGGAAGCGGGAUGUGGAAUUCAGGGAGCUAAAAUUUUCACCAUAUAGUGCUGAGAGGCCAUUUGGGAGCAGCUUUAUUAUGGGGUCUUAUGGCAAGGACAAUGGAGCUCAGAUGUACGUGAUUGACCCUUCAGCAGUGCUCCAUGGUUACUGGGGAUGUGCAAUUGGGAAAGCUAAAGAAGAAGCAAAUACAGAGAUCGAGAAGCUGCAGAUGAAAGACAUGACUUGCAGGGAAGUGUUUAAAGAAGCUGCAAAAAUAAUCUACAUAGUCCAUGGUGAAGUAAAGGCUAAGUCUUUCGAGUUGGAGCUAAGUUGGGUUGAAGAAAUUACAAAAGGCAGACAUGAACUUGUACCUAAAGAUAUCAAAGGGGCACCAGAAAAAUAUGCCAAAGAAUCUCUUGAGCAAGAUGGUGAAUCUGAUGAAGGUAACAUGUAA